CCUAAAAUCCGUACGUUAACUUUUUCAAAAAACAAAUCAAUAAUAAUUUCCAGAUCCUCUCCUCUCACCUCUCUCCAAAUGUAAUGCAGUAGCAGAGUGUAUAAAAGGCAACAAAAUUUCCAUAGGUUUACAUUCAAAAAUGGCAACGAUAUUCUCACCGGUCUCUCCUUCUCGCACUACUUGCGGCACUCUCCUCGUUGAAUUGCAGAAAAUAUGGGAUGAAAUUGGGGAGGGUGAUAGUGAGCGAGAUAAAAUGCUAUUGCACCUUGAGCAAGAGUGUCUUGAUAUAUACCGUAAAAAGGUGGACAUCACUAGAAAGUACAAAGCUGAUUUGCUUCAAACAUUGGCUGACGUUGUGGCUGAAAUUUCACAACUUGUUUCGGCUCUUGGGGAAACUGUCUCCUUUUCACGGGGAAAGGGCACUAUAAAGCAGCAAAUAUCUGCAGUAAAACCUGCUCUAGAAGACUUAAGGUCGAAAAAACAAGGAAGAUUGAAAGAAUUUAGUGAAAUACAGUUGCAGAUUGCUCGAAUUUAUGCAGAAAUAGCUGGCACAGAUGAUUCUAUCAAUUCUAAUGAUCCACAAGUUGAUGAAAAUGAUUUGACGGUGAAUAAGUUGGGGGAGCUUAAGUCGCACCUUAAGGAACUUCAAAACGAAAAGAGUUUGCGGUUACAAAAGGUUAACAGCAGCAUUAGUAUUAUCCAUGAUCUGUCAGUUGUAAUGUCAAUUGAUUUUUCUAAGACUAUUGAAGAUGUUGACCGUAGCUUGAUUGAUUCUGAAAAUGGUCAGUCCAAGAGCAUCAGCAAUGACACACUUGCUAGAUUAACAAGUGUGAUACAUUCGCUAAAGCAGGAGAAACAACAGAGGUUACAAAAGCUUCAAGGUCUUGGAUGCAGACUAACACAGCUAUGGGACCUAAUGGACACUCCACCUGAGGAGCAAAGAAAAUGGGACCAUAUUACUUUGCUAAUUUCUGCCUCUGCAGAUGAAGAUUUAAGGUCGGGGUCUCUUGCUCUUGAAGUUAUUGAGCAGGCUGAAAUUGAAGUUGAAAGACUGAAUGUUUACAAAACCAGCAAGUUGAAGGAGUUAGUUUUUAAGAGGCAAAAUGAGCUGGAAGAAAUCUACAGAGGAGUUCAUAUGGAUGUAGAUGGUGAUGCAGCAAGGCAGACGCUCACUAGCCUUACAGAAUCUGGUAAUGUGGAUCUAUCUGAAUUGCUUUCAAGCAUGGAUGAACAGAUCACAAAAGCCAAAGAACACGCUUUAAGCCGGAAGGAUAUCUUGGACAAGGUAGAGAAGUGGAGAUGUGCAUCUGAGGAAGAACAAUGGCUUGAUGAAUAUGAAAGAGAUGAGAAUAGAUAUAAUGCAGGGAGAGGAGCACACAAAAAUCUUAAACGUGCAGAAAAAGCACGGAUUCUGGUCGGCAAAGUACCAUCUAUUGUUGAUAAUUUGACUGCGAAAGUGAAGGCAUGGGAAUUGGAGAAUGGAGUCCCAUUCUUGUAUGACAAGGCUCCGCUUCUAAAAACUUUGCAAGAUUAUACUGAUCUGAGACAGGAGAGAGAGGAAGAGAAGCGUCGAUCCCGGGAACAGAAACGUCAGCAAGAACAAGUUGCAGCUGAACAAGAGGCACUGUAUGGUUCAAGACCAAAGAAGCCUCUGGGGCAGAACACAAGUGCAAACACCAUGGCCGGAACACCAAAUGGGCGGCGUGGGGCUACACCAGGGCGGCAUGUGAUAUCUUCCGGGAAGGAACGCAGAGAGAGCAGGUUUUAUAAUGCAUCACCAGUAAACUAUGUUGCUCUACAUAAGGAUGAUUCAGCCUCUCGUGGUAGCUGACCUGCUCAGGACUCGAAACUAUUGUAAAUGAUUCUGAUUCUUUUGAUAGCAAAAUUGCCUAGAAAUUUAAUGCUUAGAAGAAUUUUAGCCUGAAGUAGUUUCUUGGUUUUAGUUUGUUUCAAUGUUGGAGAUAGAAAAUUAUAAACCGGUUGGACAGGA